AUGACUUACAGCUCGAUACCUACUAGUACUUCCAGUCCAGGUUAUCGCGAAAAUUGGAUGGAACGUUUGACUGCUCAAGUCCCUGAGUUUUCAAGUCGCCCGCUCACCUCUAUUGCUUUUCCUGGAUCACACGACUCUGGCACGUCAAGCAUAAGUAGCCAGUCAUCACUGCUGCGUGACAGUCCGUAUCGCUUCCUAGCCAACAUCCCCGUGAUUGGCUCAUGUUGUGUCAAGCCUGUCAUUGCGAGGUGGUCGCUGACACAAGACUUAAAUGUGGCGGAACAAAUGGAAAACGGCAUUAGAUUCUUUGAUUUUCGUGUUGCUCAGGGAAAUGCCAGCAAUGGACUACCAGACAGGAACUUUUUCUUGUGUCAUGCACUAAUAGCUGAUCCUCUUGCUCCAGCCUUGGAAGCAGUUGCCCAGUUUGUAGAGAAACAUCCAUAUGAGGUUAUAUUUCUCGAUUUUAAGAAAUUUUAUGACUGGGAACAGAACAGUGACAAUAGUUUAAUUGAUUUGAUUAAAGAAACCGUUGGUCCUUAUCUCUAUCCAUAUGAUGCAUCGAAACCACUGUCUGAUGUGACACCAACUAGCAUCAGGGAGAUGAAAAAGACAGUUAUUCUGAUUUACCACAAACAGUCUGUAACAGAUGUGUACAAGGACUUCUGGCCUGAGAACUCUAUUGUGAGUCCAUGGAUAGAUACAACAUGCCCACACACACUUGUGACGUCGCUUUGUGACAAUUUGAAAGCUGGCCGCCCAAAGAACAGUUUUUACGUCUCGCAAUGUGUUUUAACGCCAGUAGCAUCAACAGUUUUAAAAUCUGUCUGCUGCUGCUGUAGCCCACAUUGUCAUGGACCAAGAGAUCUGCGGGAGAUGGCACAAGAGGCAAGAGAGCCUAUUCUUGAAUGGUUAAGUAAAAAUGAUACGGCUAGGCAAGAUAUCAACAUAGCUAUAUCUGACUUUGUUGAUGCAGACAAGUUUGCUUUCAUUGAUGCAAUAAUUGGAUUGAAUGUUUCUCGUUUCUGAGUCACAAGUAUUGCUUUGAGGAAAUUGUCAACUCUGGCGUAUCAAUGUUUAUUUAGUGACUUAGGUGAAGAAACCGGAUCUUGUAAAUUUGGCUUAUGUCAGAUUUAUAUGUAUUGGCUUGACUGUAGUUACUGUCAGAUGUAAUAGCAUUAAUAUUAUGUGCAUGCAUUGUUCUGGUAGGUAGCAACCACCACGUUUUGUUGACAAUUUUUGAUUGUACGUUAGUAAUGCUGUAAAGGGCCAUCCAUAAUUAUUAUAUAUCAUGUAGUAAACAA